AUGGCCAAAGGCAAAUCUGCCAACCCUGCAGACGCGUACAGAAAGGCUCAGAGGAAGAAAGAGCUGAAGAAGAAUAAGGCGGAUCGUGCGAAGGCCCGUGACUUUUCGUUGGUGAAGAAAGACACAAGAGACCUUGAGGAUGACAUCGCGAAACUCGAGGCCAGCUCUGAGCCGUCCGGUACCGACAAGGCACGUCUCGCGGAACUGAAGUCAGAGCUUGUGAAGAUUACGAAGAAGAAAGAGGAUUAUGUUCAAGAACACCCCGAGCACAGGAAACUCGUCUUCAAAUCUCGCAGACCUGAAGGCUCGCGCGAUGCUGUUCAGGAAGAGAAUGUCGUUCCGAAGUCAAGAAACCUCUUCAAAAAGAAUGGGUUGCCUCGUCAUCCAGAAAGGAGUAUCUACUAUGACGCGGUGUUGAAUCCAUUCGGAGUGCCACCGCCUGGUAUGCCCUACAUAGAGCGUCCGUUGCUACCCGAUGAAGUGAAAAGUGACGUGGAAGAAGAGUCUGACAAUGAUAUCGCCCUACCAGAGGGUCCUCCCCCAGCGGACGAAGAGGAAAAUAGUGAUGAUGACAUCCCCAUGCCAGAAGGGCCGCCUCCGAGCGUACCUGCACCUCUUCCUAUAGACCAGUCACCUAUGCCUCCGCUCGUACUCCAGCCCCCAUCUGUCACGAUGCCUCCGCCGCUACCGUUUGCAGUUCCACCGCCUCCUGGGAUGCCUAUGCUACCUCAAGGCGGGUCUGUUCCUCCACCUCCACCUCUGCCUAUGGGAAUGUUCCCUCCACCACCCCUAGGUUUCCCAACUUCGCUUCCCCCGCCGCCACAAGGCUUUCUUGUCAAUCCAUUGCCUCCUGGGAUGCCAUUUCCUCCGUUCCCACCGGGCCAUAUGCAGCAGUCACCAAUGCCUCCACCACCACCAGGGUUCUAUCCCCGCAAAGGAACCAACACAAGAGCAAUGCAAGAUCCACUUUCCUCGAUACCUCAUCAGACUUUCCAGGCACACCGAGCGGCGAAGGCUACUGGACCGUCGACUCUACCUCAACAUGCAUCCCUACCUGCAAAACCUACAUCCGGCGGCGUUCGUUUGGGUCCGUCGACUUCACCGCCGGCGCCGUCAACCUCAGCAGUUAUCUCCGCGGAACCUGUGCUCCGGGACUUCAAGAAGGAGGCCACGGCAUUUGUGCCUGCCACGUUGAAGAGGAAGAAAGCGGGCGGCUCGAAGGUCAAUGCGGCACCUGCGGUCGAUGCCGCGGGCGAGUAUGACGCGGAUGAGCCCGCGCCGGCUUCAAGACCUGACUUGCUAAGCACUCUUCAGGGCAAAUUCGGGGCGCCGCCGUCAAAACGGCCCAAGCUGGAAACUGCGAAAGACGGAAAGCCGCAGAACAAGGACGACUACGGCAAGUUCUUGGAGGAAAUGAGCGAUAUCCUGGGUCCGACAAAUGGCUAA